CCGGUUAAAAUGUCUGCAGCCGCUCACUUGUCGACUGGAAAGAUAAACCUUAGUUUACUGCGUGACUUUUACAGAAGAGAACUUCUGGAAUCGCUCGAUAAAUGUUCGGGAACAAAGGCUUUGGUUUGGGAUGAUGCCUUGACAGGAGCAUUUGGACUGAUAGCAGAAUACUCAUUGUUGAAGGAACAUGAGGUGGAAAAGAUGUUUCCCCUGCGGUCUUCAGGCCUCCCUCCGUCCAAUGUACAGAACAUCAUUUUUGUCACAAGGCCAAAACUUAGUCUCAUGGAGCAGAUUGCACAAAAUCUACUGCAAGAGGAACAAAAAGGAGGAUUUCGGAAAGAUUAUCAUAUUAUCUUUGUUCCCAGAAGAAGUUUGUUAUGUGACAAAAAACUCAAGGAGAUGGGAGUAUAUGGUACCAUAACUAAUUUUGAGGAAUUCCAACUCUCUCUCAUUCCUUUUGAUUCUGAUCUACUUUCCAUGGAAAUGGAAUCUUCAUUUAGAGAGUGUUAUUUGGAGAACGACUUUACAUCAAUGCACUAUGCUGCCCAGUCACUGAUGACUCUACAAGCUCUGUAUGGCAUCAUACCUAACAUUUGUGGCAAGGGCGACUGUGCCAAGCACAUUGUUGACAUGAUGUUGCGUAUGAGGAGAGAACUUGGGGGUCGUGAACCACAGAUAACACCUCAAAUAGAUAACCUACUUAUCCUGGACCGUAAUGUGGACCUGCUCACCCCUCUCCUCUCACAGCUAACUUACGAAGGUCUUAUUGACGAGAUGUUUGGUAUCAACAACACCAGUGUAAAACUUCCCCCAGAAAAGUUCCAGACUGGCCCUCAACAACAGGAAGAUCCUCAGGGAGUCUCGUCUGAGCCUAAGAAGGUCAUUCUCAAUUCACUCGACGAACUGUAUGCAGAUUUACGUGACAAAAAUUUCAAUGCUGUUGGAUCUAUUGUUAGUAAAAAGGCAAAGGUCAUCACUGCCGAAUUUGAUGAGAGACAUAGUGCGAAAACCGUGAGUGAGAUGAAACAGUUUGUAUCGAAGCUCCCACAUCUACAGCAAGUCAGGGCGUCACUGUCCACUCACACAUCCAUUGCUGAGCUGGUGAAGGAGGCCACUGAUACAGAUGAAUUCAUGGACUCGUUACGUUGUCAGCAAGAAUUUAUAAAUGGUAUGGAGACAGAUAAGAUCCAUCCGUAUAUAGAAGACUGUAUGGGGAGACAGGAGCCCAUCAAUAAGGUACUACGCCUAGUGUGCAUACAAUCCUACUGUAAUAACGGACUCAAGCCUAAAGUUCUCGACCACUACAAACGGGAAAUUAUACAGACUUACGGAUAUGAGCACAUGGUUACUAUUAUGAAUAUAGAAAAAGCAGGACUAUUACGUCCCCAUGGAAACCGGACAUACCCAGCUAUUAGGAAAUCAAUGCGACUGAUAGUAGACGAUGUCAAUGAACAGAACCCCCAUGAUAUAGCAUAUGUGUACAGCGGGUUUGCACCCCUUAGUGUGAGACUGGUACAGUACUAUGCACGGCCAGGAUGGCGAAGCAUCACAGAGGUUCUCAAUCUCCUCCCUGGACCCACUGUAGAGGAGAUUCAACAAAUUCCUGUCGCUCUUCGCAAGCGAAGGAGCUCUAUAGGAUCUACACAUUCCAGUACCGGAGAGCAGAAAGUCACUCUCGUCUUCUUCUUAGGAGGUGUCACCUACGCAGAGAUAGCAGCAUUACGAUUCCUAGCCCAGCAAGAUGACGGAGGGACAGACUACUUGAUUUCCACUACAAAGAUAACUAAUGGGACAACCUUUCUAAAGUCUAUAUCAGAGGAACUUACUGCAGUGAAAAUGAAUCCAUUCUGAGGACACAUUUACUGGAUAUCCUAUAAAUAUCAACAGAAUCUACUGACACCUGGCCAGUCCCAGGAGAUCAGACUGGUCUAUAGAGCCAGCAGAGUGGCAGUGCUAACCAGGACAAUGUGAUUCAGCAGUAACUCCUUCCUUGACCAACAAGUUGUAAACCUGUGACAUAUUGUCAUGGAGAGACAAAAACUAGCAGAUUGUACUAGGUCUAUUUAUGAACUUAACAAUUUGAUAUUUGCUGGACUAUUAUAUUGCAUUUUGCUGAUAAAACCAAUAUCUUUCGACUGAUAGAAAACUGUUAGCUGUUACUGUUUAGCAAGGAAAGAGGGUGCUAUAUCCUUACAACAACUUGCAUAUUAACUAUAACACAUAAUUGAUAGCACUUUCCUAAGCAGCAGUUCUCACCAGAUAACAGAAAACUAUUGAAUGGCAUCGACUUGUCCUUUCAAAACUUGAAACACAAGGGGGAGAUGGCCAAUGGAUUAAAAUAUCAGCAGAGAGAGUUAUAUUUAACAGCUAAGUAUUUGUGAGAAAGUUUAGCGUAGUUUUUAGAGUUCUUAUGAAAGUAUGUAUGAGAAUGCUUGGUGUGUGGAGGAUAAAUGUUCCAAUGUGUGAGCUGUCAUUAUUGUAUAAGAA